GUGUAACUCAUGAAAACACUCAAAAUGUUUAAAUAAACCAUAGGAACCUUAAUAUUCGGACUCGGCAGGCGGGGGACUGCUAUGCAGUGGGAACAGAAACAUGGCGCUGCCCUUACUCAGGUGGAGCUGUAGAAGGCCUCGUGCAGGUCUGAGCGCUUAUCUGAGAUUUAACAAGCUAAACGAAGUAAGAAAUCAAUCCGCUGUCAAAAACCAGGCCUUGUCAGCGUGUGUUGUGUCCGGAGUCCGGCACUGCAGUUCGGACAGAGAGGGACGCAGAGAGACGCGGAAGGUUGUGGUGGUCGGCAUCCCAAACCCGUUCAUCUGGAUCCGGACCAAAUUCUGCUUUUUCCUCAUUCGCGCUUACUUCGACAAAGACUUCAGCAUCGAGGAGUUCACUGAAGGAGCGAAACAGGCGUUUGCACAUGUAUCACGACUGUUGUCUCAGUGUCAGUUUGAAGAACUUGAAAGUCUCGUCGCUAAAGAUGUAAUCGGGAAACUGGAGGAGAAAUGUGCCGAUCUCCCAUCGAGCUAUAAAAAAGCACUUUUGGCUGAUCCAGAUGACAUCAUGUACACGACACCAGCAGAUGUGGGUUUUUGUUACGAGAAUGAUGGGAGGAAGUUUGUCAGUAUAUUGAUGCGCUUCUGGUACUUAACCAGUGCCCGGCUGCCCGAGGACACGAUGGAGGGAGCACGCAUCUUCCAGGUGGCCAUUGGCAAAGACGGGGAGAAGCCAGAGAGCAAAAGGCUGCUCACAGCCAAUUACGAAUUUCAGAGGGAGUUUACCCAAGGAGUGACACCAGACUGGACCAUCACUAGAAUAGAGCACUCAAAGCUGCUUGAUUGAAAAUGAAGAACUCUGUUUAAUGACAUCUGACUUUAAUAUCAUACUGUACUGUGAAUGAGCCAUGUUUGCUGUCUGGAACGUAAAACUUGACAUGUGGACAAUAUUUACACGCGCUCCAACUCAUUCUGUGAGAAUGAUCCUGUCGAAUUAAGAGGUAAAUUAAUAAUUAUGUAAAAGUCCUCAUGUCAUUUCAGACCUGUGCAAAUCGGGCUGAAUAUUCACAAGACAUUUGUUGUUGAGAGAGUUUUAAGUUAAAUUUUAGUUCCUGUAGAUCUUUGUAUUAUUAUCUCAUGUGUUGAUGUUUGAUAUCUGAAAUGUGCUGUUCAAAUAUAACACUUAAAAUAUUUGUCAGUAUAUUGCAGAUAGUAAUUUGAUACAGAAUAACACUUGUGUGCUGUGUCUCUGAAAUGAAUUUUUACCUUUUCUACUGACAGAUGGCUAAAUUCAAUAAAGCAACCAAAAAUCUUGAACAUACAUAAAGACUUAAUGACAACAUUUAUCUGAUAAAUUUAGGUUUGUGGACACCUGACCAUCACACCCAUAUGUUGUUCUUCCCCAAAGUGCUUCCACAAAGUUAGAACUGGAGCCUCCUCACCCAACAUCAGUGCCUGACCUCAUUAACACUCUUGUAGCUGAAUGAACACAAAGCCCCACAGCCACACGCCAAAAUCUAGUAGAAAGCCUUCCCUGAAGUGUGGAGAUUAUCAUAACACCACAUCUGAAAUGGGAUGUUCAGCAAGCACAUAUGGGUUUGAUGGUCAGGUGUCCAGAAAUGUUUGGCCAUAUAGUGUAGGUUUUUUUUUUUUUUUUUUUAAUGAGAUUGGGAUCCCUGCUGAGAAAAACAAUAGAAACAAUC